GGCCCUGUCAUGCCUGGCAGCCACUCUGUUGAACGAUUUGUAAUUGAAGAGAACCUUCACUGCAUCAUCAAAUCCCACUGGAAGGAGAGAAAGACUUGUGCUGCACAGCUGUUGAGCUAUCCAGGAAAUAACAAGAUCCCCUUGAACUACCACAUAGUAGAGGUAAUAUUUGCAGAAUUGUUUCAACUUCCAUCUCCACCACACAUUGAAGUCAUGUACACAACGCUUCUGAUUGAACUGUGCAAGCUUCAGCCUGGCUCUUUACCACAAGUUCUUGCACAAGCCACAGAAAUGCUCUACAUGCGUUUGGAUACAAUGAAUACAACAUGUGUGGAUAGAUUUAUUAACUGGUUUUCUCACCACUUGAGCAACUUCCAGUUCCGUUGGAGCUGGGAAGACUGGUCAGAUUGUCUUACUCAGGACCUUGAAAAGCCCAAACCCAAAUUUGUGAGAGAGGUUUUGGAAAAGUGCAUGCGACUCUCCUACCAUCAGCGAAUAAUAGACAUUGUUCCUGCAAGUUUUUCCGUCCUCAGUCCUGCUAAUCCGGUGUGCAUUUACAAAUAUGGAGAUGAAAGUAAUAGGUCUCUUCCUGGCUAUACUGUGGCACUCUGUUUAACAAUCGCAAUUAAAAAUAAGGCCAGUAAUGAUGAAAUCUUCAGCAUUUUAAAAGAUGUGCCUAAUCCAAACCAGGAUGAUGAUGAUGAUGAAGGAUUUACUUUCAACCCUCUGAAAAUAGAAGUCUUUGUUCAGACCCUGCUGCACCUAGCUGCAAAGUCUUUCAGCCACUCCUUCAGUGCCCUGGCCAAGUUUCAUGAAGUCUUCAAAACACUUGCUGAAAGUGAUGAGGGGAAACUCCAUGUUCUGAGGGUUGUAUAUGAGGUUUGGAAGAAUCAUCCACAGAUGAUUGCUGUGCUUGUGGACAAGAUGAUUCGGACACAAAUUGUUGAUUGUGCUGCAGUAGCAAACUGGAUCUUCUCUUCAGAGCUUGCACAUGAUUUUACUAGGUUUUAUAUCUGGGAGAUCUUGCAUUCCACAAUUCGUAAGAUGAAUAAGCAUGUUCUGAAGAUUCAUAAAGAACUGGAGGAGACGAAGGCAAGAUUGGCCAGGCAGCACAAAAGACGAGACAGUGAUGAUGAUGAUGACGACGAUGACCGAAGCAGCGAUCGGGAAGAUGGACCCCUGGAAGAGCAGAUAGAGCGCUUGCAAGAGAAAGUAGAAUCAGCCCAGAGCGAGCAAAAGAAUCUCUUCCUUGUUAUAUUCCAGCGUUUCAUUAUGUUGUUAACUGAGCACUUAGUGCGCUGUGAAACUGGUGGAAUUGAUGUAUUUACACCUUGGUACAAGAGCUGUAUAGAGAGGUUGCAGCAAAUCUUCCUACAGCAUCACCAGAUAAUCCAGCAGUACAUGGUGACCCUAGAGAACCUCCUGUUUACAGCUGAACUGGACCACCACAUACUGGCUGUGUUUCAGCAGUUCUGUGCUCUUCAGGCCUGAGGAUUAUUCACAGGCAGAGUCUUGUCUGCAGGACUUUAAUGAAUUUAUUUUUUUCUUUUUUUAAUGGGAAAACUUGACAUGGGGAUGGAAGAAAUUUUUGACUAAAACUGGCUUUCAUGUGCUC